UUUAAAUACUCAUCGAAUUUUUAAGCCCGUUUCAGAAUGACGCUAAGCUAAGUUAGCCUUUUGUUCUUUUGAAAGAGAUGGACUGUCAAACGGUGUCGUACGGGGAUGUGAUAUCGAUGGUGAAGAUGAUGCAAGAAGAGCAAGAAGGUUGGUCGACGCCGACACGUAGGGAGUGUCGGAUACCGGUGGUGAAAGAGUGUCCGCCGCCGCCAACGAAGAAGAAGCUGUUUUCGUUUGGGAAGAAAAGGGAGCCGCCGAAGAAUGGGUAUUUUCAACCGCCUGAUCUUGAGACGUUUUUCUCAAUGGUAACUACAAGGCAAGCUUGCGCUUAAUUAGCUCCCCUUGUUUUAAUGGCCGAGUUUUGUUUUAUUGGUAUUUGUUGAUCGACUUUUUUUUUCUUUUGUUUGGUCAACAAAAAAAAAAAAAUGUUUGAUGUUUCAUCCUUGAACUUCUCGAUGUAAUCUAUGUAUCUUCCAUCUGUAAAGAACUUCUACUAUGAUGUUUGA